UCAUCCAAGCAGCUAAAUUUUUGUUAACAACUUUUCCAUAUUGAUUUCAACGUUUCAAGUCCUUUUUUAUUUUACCAAAUCAAAUCAACACCUCAGAGAUUUGCUUAAAUUCCUGUUCAACCUGGGAGAUUUGCGUAUCCAUGGCGCCGACAUCUUCAAUCGAAUUCAUUGACACUGCACUUUCUUGUGCAACUUCCCCUUUUGCUCUAUCCUACACAGACUCCAAACAAAAAUGGGUCAUCCGAAAACACCUUCUUUCUCUUUUUCAGGAUUUCCCCACUUUCAUCCCUUCAAACGACUCAUUUACUCACAACGAUGGCACCACAGUUAACCUCUUAAACGCCGCUGGGUAUCUCCGUGUCUGUUCUUCCUCACCUCCUAUUCAUCUCACCAUUUGGGUCCAUGAGAACUACCCUUUCAUGCCUCCCAUGGUGUUUAUUUCCCCAAACGCCGCCAAUCAUUCUCACCAUCUCCAUCCCUUUGUUGAUUCUUGCGGAGGAAUCACCUCCGCUUAUCUUCAAACUUGGUCGUACCCCGGCCACAAUUUAGCCGACCUUGUUCGCAACCUUGUCAAAAUCUUUUCUCACGCCACCGGUUCCACCUUCACACACCCUUCUUUCGUUUCGAAGCGGGAGGCUGUCGACCGCCUCUCCGGGAUGCUUCACUACGACGUGGCGGCAGCGAAGACCACCACUGCCAGAGAAAUAGAGGAGCUGUCGAUAUUGCAGCUAGAAAUGAAGAAGAGAGCCGGUGAUAUUGAUAGGAUAGUUGCUGAGCUGGAGAUGGAAAGGAAGAAGUUGAAGGAGAGAGCGAUGGAGUUGGGUGAGAAAGGUGAUGUGCUGAGGAAUUGGCUGGCUGCAAAUGAUCCGACGUCGUUCCAAGUUAUGAAUGAAAUCGAAAAUGCAUUUGAAGCCAUUGAUGAAGGGUCGAAAAUUGUGGUUGAAAAUUUGGCUGCUGAUAAUGCUAUAGAGGAUGUCAUAUAUGCAAUGGACAAGGCGGUUGAAGGCGGAGUGGUGCAGUUUGACGUUUAUAUGAGGCAAGUUAGAAUGUUGGCCAGAGAGCAAUUCUUUCACAGGUAUGUGUUGGUCACAUUAAAAGGUUCAAAUAUACUCAUUUAGUCUUUGUGCGUAGGUUAAUAUUAAUUCUCAAUAAAUUUGAACGUCUUUCCUUUUU